GGAGACGGAGGCCAGAGCUCACCGGGGCUGCAGCUCCGGGCGCUGCUCCCUGUGACAGCGACCGAGGGAACGGCUGGAGCUGUGUCUGGAGGGGUUUAGGCUGGAGAGCAGGGAAAGGCUCUUCCCCAGAGGGUGCUGGCGCUGCCCAGCUCCCCAGGGAUGGGCAGGGCCCCACAGAGUUCCAGGGGCGUUUGCACAGCGCUGCCAGGGGUGCCCGGGGUGGGACUGCUGGCUGUCUGUGCAGGGACAAGGUGGCACUGGGUGGUCCUUGUGGGUCACUCCGGCUCAGCAGAUUCUCUGAAUUAGGAGUGACUCGAUAAAACGCUUCAUAUGAAAACGAUGUACUGGAAUGACCACAGCCUUUGCUGCGGCGCCGUGACCGUAGGAGGUUAAAGGCGCCACGGGCGGCGCUGGGCCGGCGCCGGGAGCGGUUCCGGGGCAGCCGCGCCGUGAGGGCGGCGCGGGCCGGGCCCCGGAGCGGUUCCGGGGCCAUGUCGGGGGCGGCGCCCGCUUCCUUGGCGGGCUGUUCGAGGGCUAUGUCCGGUGUCACUGCCGCUCCCUCGGCGGGCGACUCGAAGACGAUGUCGGUCGGGCAGGACCCUCUGGCGCUGUGCCCGGCGCUGGAGUACUCGCUGUCGCUGCUGGAGCCGGGCCGGGCCGAGCGGCGGCGGGCGGAGGCGGCCCCCAUGCCCAUGGUGUUCCUGUGCGCCGGCUGCAGGCGGCCCGUGGGCGACACCUCCAGCUGGGUGUCCAACGACGAGGAGAGCGGCUGCAUCCUGCUGCGCAGUAUGGCCGCCAGCGUCGCCGUGGACCCCGAGCGCAAGAUCUCCAACCUCCCCGGCGAGUGCGGAUGCGUAGUAGAAACCUUAUUCUGCUCUGGCUGCUCAAAGACACUUGGCAGCAUCUACAGGUGCACCUCAAGGAACCUCGACUACAAGAGAGAUUUGUUCUGUUUCAAUGUUGACUCUGUUGAAAGUUACAUUCUAGGGACCCCGGGGAAGCAAGCUGUUAUUGAUGAGGAGCCGCUUACUCUUGAAAGGCAAGCUGUCUUGCAAGAUGUGCUGGAAAAGGUGGAUAUGGUAUUCAAAGUUCUGGAGACAAGGCUGACCACUGUGGAGUCACGUGUGGCUGCUCUGCAAAGUUGAGUGUAGUGUUAUCUUCUUAAUUCAAAAAACAUUUGCUGUGUGGAAAAACCAUCUUGCCCUGUGAGAGGACAGGUAGGAACUGUUUUAAUGGCCAGCACCACAGUGCCCUGUCCCACACAGAUUCCCAGGAAGUGGGGAGCCCUCUGCCAGGCAGAUUCUCCUGGCCAGCUUGGCUUUACUGCCACAGUAAAACUCAUCAGUUUUCCUGUGAAUCCCAGCAAACUGGUCCCAAAGGCUCUGUCACCCAGUCUCUGCUUCCAUUGGUUUGGAGAGGUUGGAUCCCAGUUAUUCACACCAGGAGUGCCCCUCCAUCCUUUUCCCCACUUUUCUGUUCCAGUCGUGGGAGAUACUUGGGUUUUGGUUUUUUCCCCCCUGCAGUUCACUGCAGAUCGCAAAAAACCCACAGGAGGGAAGAUCUUUACUUGUGCUGCCACCACCAGGUGAGGAGCCUGACUUUGGAAUGUUUAUGGAAUUGGCCGAGCAGCUUUUACUUCUGGGGUUCCCGUAGUCUGUCCAGCCUGUGCUUCAACUUAGAGCCCUCAGUCCGCAGGGAAGUGAACCUUUGGGGAAGUUCUUACAGCUCUACGUAAUGCUUUAUGAAUUGUGAUGAUUUUCUGGAAGGACGGUGUCCAUUCUGACCCAUUUUCUUCCCUCUCCCUGCAGAUUGUACCAGCUGAAAGGCUGAGGUGAGACCAGGAUCUGUAAAAUCCCUGACUCCCCGUGUCUUCCUGAGGCUGAAGCCAUGCUUGCUGUCAAUGACGACAUAGUGGAAGAUGCUGAAGACUGAAAACUUUGGGUUUUUCCCCUGAAUCCCAAGAGUAUCUCUGCAGCUGUGCCCUGUCUAUCUUAAAAGAGUUUCUGGGUUUAGAAAGGUUUUUAUAUUCUGCAAUAUUUAUCUAUAACUGAAUUAAAAGGAACCAUACUGUA